UGACUUUCAGAGCCGGUUCUGCUGAGUUGUGGCCGGUGCGACCCAGAGCCCCAGGUCACCCAUGAGGCUGGAGGCCGCAGCCAGGAUGGAUCUGUUCAGGAAGCUGUGGAAGGCGAGGAAGCUGAUCGUCGUGGUGUUCAUCCCGCUGUCCCUGCUUCCCUUGCCGCUCAUCCACCCCACCAGCGAGGCAUGCUGUGCGUACGUGCUGAUGGUGACAGCGGUCUACUGGGUGUCUGAGGCUGUUCCUCUUGGCGCUGCUGCUCUUGUUCCUGCCUUCCUCUACCCGCUCUUUGGGGUACUUAAAUCCAGCGAGGUGAGUCUCUCAGAGUAUUGUAAGGACACCACUCUGCUGCUGAUGGGAGUCAUCUGCCUGGCAGCCUCUAUAGAGAAGUGGAACCUGCACAAACGCAUCGCUCUGCGCAUGGUGAUGAUUGCAGGGGCCAAGCCUGGCAUGUUGGUGCUGGGUUUCAUGUGCUGCACAGUGUUUCUGUCCAUGUGGCUCAGCAACACGUCCACCACAGCCAUGGUGAUGCCAAUAGCCGAGGCCGUCCUGCAGCAGCUGAUCUGCACCGGCCUGGCCGACAGCCACAACGACUCUGAAACCACGGAGCCCCCAGAGGAUGACAGUGCUGUUUCAGACAAAGACGAGAACCUGGACAAAAACCAGCUGGAGCUGCUCUAUCGCAACGACAGCAGUGACUGCACUAAACAGGAGCUCUCGACGCUAAGUGAGGUCCAGACUGGGGAGGUAAAUGGUUUGGGUCUGAGGCCGGUCUCUAACCAAGAGUUCAUGAGACACACCAAUGGACACCUGCCUCAGGUCGCCAUCGAAAUCCCAAACGUGAAGCGGGUGAAGGCCAGGAGAGACUCCCAGUAUCCAACCAAGAGGGAUCACAUGAUCUGUAAAUGCCUUUCGCUCAGCAUCACCUACGCUGCUACGAUUGGCGGUCUCAUAACCAUCACCGGGACAUCAACCAACCUCAUCUUUGCUGAACAGUUUAACACCCGUUAUCCAGACGCAAAGGUGAUAAACUUCGGCACGUGGUUCAUCUUCAGCUUUCCCAUCGCCAUCAUCAUGCUGGUGCUCACCUGGCUCUGGCUGCACUUCCUCUUCCUCGGCUGCAACUUCAGGGAAACAUGCUCAUUGAGUAAGAAACGCAAAACCAGUCGAGAGAUGCUGUCAGAGAGGAGGAUCCACGAGGAGUAUGCGAAACUGGGACCUAUCAGCUACCCGGAGGUGGUGACCGGCGUUUUCUUCAUCCUGAUGACUCUGCUGUGGUUCACCAGAGAGCCUGGAUUUGUGCCCGGCUGGACAUCGCUCUUUGAGAAGAAAGGCUACAGGACAGAUGCAACAGUGUCCGUCCUUUUGGGUUUCCUGCUCUUCCUCAUCCCUGCCAGGAGACCCUUCUCCUCCUCCCCCUCCUCCAGCUAUAGAAACACAGAUGACGACGACCCGCUGGCUCCCAUGAUCACCUGGAAGGACUUCCAGAGACUGAUGCCAUGGGAGAUCGUCAUCCUGGUGGGAGGAGGCUAUGCAUUGGCUGCUGGUUGCAAGGUGUCAGGCCUGUCAGUGUGGAUCGGCAGACAGCUGGAGCCCAUGAGUGGUCUUCCUCCCUGGGCCGUCACCCUGCUGGCCUGCCUGCUGGUGUCUGCGGUCACAGAGUUUGCCUCCAACCCGGCAACUCUCACCGUCUUCCUGCCCAUCUUGUCAGCGCUGUCUGAGACGCUGCAGAUCAACCCCCUCCACACUUUGAUCCCAUCCACCAUGUGUGUGUCAUUCGGGGUCAUGCUUCCAGUGGGGAACCCCCCCAACGCCAUUGUCUUCAGUUACGGCCACGUGCAGAUCAGCGACAUGGUGAAAGCAGGCUUUGGGGUGAACCUGAUCGGCGUGGCGGUGGUGAUGCUGGCCAUCACCACGUGGGGGGUUCCCCUCUUCAACCUGACUGAGUUCCCAGCCUGGGCAGUGGCCAGGAACGUCACCGGGAGCUUAUAA